UCGUCCUCCCGAGGAGAGCGUCGCUAACUGAUGAAAGGGGGAAACGACGUUUGAGGCGGAGGCAGUGGAAGAUUUCUCCACCACCCAACGGAAGGCCUCCCGAAGCCGCCUGUAGGGACGCGUCCCAACCCAUCACCCACUCCACGCUCCCUGCGUCGGGUCCCUCUGGACCUCGCGGCGUGGAAGGAGCCGAGCAGGACCGCCUCGCUGUUUGGGACUCGGCGGAGCAGGCGCAGAUAGCACCAUGCGGCUCGCUGACCUGAGUCCCUGGGCUUUCCUGCUGCUGGUGGACUCGACCCUCCUCUGGCUGCUUCGGGGCACCCUGGGGGCUUUGCUCCCGGGAGGGCUUCCAGGCCUGUGGCUGGAGGGGACCCUGCGACUUGGAGGGCUGUGGGGGCUGCUAAAGCUGGGGGGGCUGCUGGGCUAUGUGGGGACCCUGUUGCCCUUGCUCUGCCUGGUGGCCCCGCUGUUUCUCUCCCUGAGGGCCCUGGUCCCAGGGGUCUUGAGCGCUCCCCCCGUCAGAAUGGCUUCAGCCCCCUGGAGCUGGCUGCUGGCGGCCUAUGGGGCUGCCGGGCUAAGCUGGGCAGUGUGGGCUGUGCUGAGCCCCCCAGGAGCCCCCGCUUCAGCCCAGAAGACGGAGCAGGGCCAGGAGAACAGAUCCUUGGUGUGGAGAUUGCUGAGGCUUUCCAUUCCAGACCUGCCUUUCCUCAUUGCCGCCUUCUUCUUCUUGGUUGUUGCCGUUUUGGGUGAGACGUUACUCCCUCACUACUCUGGUCGUGUGAUUGACAUCCUGGGAGGUGACUUCGAUCCUGAUGCCUUUGCCAGCGCCAUCUUUUUCAUGUGCCUCUUUUCCUUUGGAAGCUCACUGUCUGCAGGCUGCCGAGGAGGCUUCUUCACCUUCAUCAUGUCCAGAAUCAACCUGCGGAUCCGGGAUCUGCUCUUCUGUUCCCUGCUGCGCCAGGACCUCAGUUUCUUCCAGGAGACGAAGACAGGGGAGCUGAAUUCACGGCUGAGCUCAGAUACCACCUUGAUGAGUAACUGGCUUCCUCUUAAUGCCAACGUACUCUUGCGGAGCCUGGUGAAGGUGGUGGGACUGUAUAGCUUCAUGCUCAGCCUGUCACCUCGACUCACCCUCCUCGCUCUGGUCAAAGUGCCCCUCUCAGUAGCAGCUGAGAAGGUGUACAGUGCCCGCCAUCAGGCUGUGCUUCGGGAGAUCCAGGAUGCAGUGGCGGGGGCAGGGCAGGUGGUGCGGGAAGCAGUUGGCGGGCUGCAGACCGUGCGGAGUUUUGGGGCUGAGGAGCAUGAGGUCUGUCGGUAUAAGAAGGCCCUUGAACGAUGCCGCCAGCUGUGGUGGCGACGAGAUCUGGAACGCGCCCUGUACCUGCUCUUACGGAGGAUGCUGGACUUGGGAAUGCAGGUGCUGAUGCUGAGCUGUGGGCUGCAGCAAAUACUGGCCGGGGAGCUCACGCAGGGUGGACUGCUCUCCUUUCUGCUCUACCAGGAGGACGUGGGGCAUUAUGUGAAUGCUCUGGUCUACAUGUGGGGGGACAUGCUGAGCAAUGUGGGAGCUGCUGAGAAGGUUUUUGGCUACCUGGACCGACAACCAAAGCUGCCCCCUCCGGGGACGCUGGCCCCUCCCUCCCUGCAGGGGCUUGUGGAAUUCCAGGAUGUCUCCUUUGCGUAUCCCAGUCGCCCUGACCAGCCGGUGCUCAAGGGGCUCACGUUCACCCUACCUGGCGAGGUGACCGCGCUGGUGGGGCCCAACGGGUCUGGGAAGAGCACGGUGGCUGCGCUGCUGCAGAAUCUGUACCAGCCCACGGAGGGGCGUCUGCUGCUGGAUGGGGAGCCCGUCUCCCAGUACGAGCACCACUACCUGCACAGACAGGUGGCUUGGGUUGGGCAGGAGCCCGUGCUGUUCUCGGGUUCUGUGAGGGACAACAUCGCCUAUGGGCUGGAGAGCUGCGGGGACGAUGAGGUGAGCGCUGCAGCCCGGGCCGCCCGCGCGGACGACUUCAUAGCGGAGCUGGAGCACGGCAUGCACACAGACGUCGGGGAGAAAGGGAGCCAGUUGGCCGUGGGACAGAAACAGCGUGUGGCCAUUGCCCGGGCCCUCGUGCGGGACCCGCAGGUCCUCGUCCUGGAUGAGGCCACCAGUGCCCUGGACGUGGAGUGUGAGCAGGCGCUGCAGGAAUGGCAAGCCCGCAGGGACAGGACCGUGCUGGUGAUCGCUCACAGGCUACAGAUGGUUCAGAGCGCUGACCAGAUUCUGGUGCUCAAGCAGGGAGAGCUGCUGGAGCGUGCCCAACUCCUGGAGGGGCAGGACGUCUACUCUUGCCUGGUGCAGCGGCAGCUGGUGGAAUGAGGCCCCAAGGACACUGGGCCCUUCUCAUGGCCAUCCCUAGGUGGUAGCUCCUGCUUUGAGUCUCCUUGGGGAUGUGCCCCCAGAGCUGGAGGCAUGACAGAGAUCUGGACUAUGUGUGCUUCCCGGGGUUCACUGUGGGGGUGGGUUGUCUGUGACCAGGAACCUACUUACCUCGUGAACAGAGUUUUGCCUGGUUCUGAGUAGUGUAUUGUGGCAUAAUAAAUGUAUUUUGAAGUA